UCGGAAGAAUUUUGUACAUAAUCUUCAACACUCGAUUUAGGGUGGGGGUGGUGGGAAUUGGGGAGUAGGGGGCCACAUAAUAUUGCAUUUAGAUUUUAUUUUAUUUUAUUAAAUCAAAAAUUUUACAUUUAUGUUAUAUAUAUUUUUGGGUUAAUCCACGUGUUCAACGAAGUAUCGCCAGGUCAGCAUUUCCGUAAGUCCAAUCAGAUUAUUAAGUGACACCAUUAAAGAGAUGGACAGAAUUGGCUAUUUUGUGUUUUCAGAUAGUUAUGACUAUAUAUUUGUCACAAAUAUGAAAAUUAUGGCUAACAAGUAUAUUUUGCCUACCGAAAAGUAGUGUAAUUACAUCUUUGUACAUGAACCUAUGAUGGAAUAGUCAUCGGAUUGGGUUGAAUUUGAAUUUUCCAAAUCCAAUGCAUUUUAUCUAGGAUUUUUUUAACAGAUAAACCUAUCAUAUGUAUUUAACAUACCCACCCGGCCACCCCAAAGGUGCUUCUCCUCCUCCGCCUAUUUCCUCUCCGCUCCCUUCCAUCGCGGAUCCGAACCCUCUUCUCCGCCAAUCCCCGACGCCGAUCCGCUCCUCGCUCCUCCCCUCGACAGCCCCACACAGGCCCAGCACGACCCAAAAAGAAAAGAAAACAUCAGUCUUCUUCCAACAGAUUGCUGACGGGAGAAGCAGAAACGAGAAAUCUGGAGGAAGUUUGAAUAAAAUAAUUGAUUUUGGGUCGGGGGAGAAGCCACCAAACAACCGCAAAUGGAACGCGAAAUGCAGGCAGCUAGACACACACAGAGAGGUGACACUGACAACCAACAAAGGCACCACUAGCAUCUCCACGAAACAACUUCUUGAAUAAAAAACUCUUCAAUUUCUUGGUUGCUUACUAAUGUCAUAUUGUCAUUAUAGCAUUCCGACGAUUAAAACAAGGCAAAAACCAGCUGGUUUCUCUUCUUUCCUUUUCCCUGCGAAGACGGCAGCUUUGAUGAAAUAGGGAGCCUUACCCCUCUACGUACUGUCGCUCAAUACCUUCCUGUAAGUGUUCCUCUAUCCAAUUCGAUUUCAAUUCUCCUUCAUGGGUUCUUUUGUUGUCCUGAAAAUUUUAGAGGGUUUUUGUCUUGUGGGUUGAUCGUCGAUUCUUUAUGAUGUAGUUGUUCGUUUUACAGUAUUGGGUUUUGCUGUUUCGGCUAAACCCGGAAUUGGGUUUAAUUUGUUGGGGGUUCUUAUGAUUCAUGGAGGAGCUUUGGAAUCUACGGGAAUUAUGUUUCUGUUUAGGGCGUUUUCAUUACUGGAUGAUGAAGAAUCAGAAGAAGUGCCAUUGAUUUGGUUUCACAUUUGCAGGUUAUUCCAUGGAUCCAAAACCGAAGAGGAGAGUUGUGGUGGAGAAUGGAGAUACAGGGGAAGACCUAGUCCUUGCCACAUUAAUCGGCAAUGGCGAAGAUUUGGGUCCAAUCGUUAGGCACGCCUUUGAGAUGGGACGCCCUGAAGCCCUUCUCCAACAGCUGAAAGGUGUAGUGAAGAAAAAAGAAGUGGAAAUUGAGGAUCUUUGCAAGAGCCAUUAUGAAGAGUUCAUCUUAGCAGUUGAUGAGCUUCGUGGCGUCCUUGUCGAUGCUGAAGAGCUCAAAGGUGAGCUCGCAAGUGAUAACAUCAAGCUCCAGGGAGUUGGAAACUCUCUCUUGAUCAAGCUCGAGGACCUUCUCGAGUCCUAUUCCAUCAAGAAGAAUGUCACCGAAGGCAUAAAAUUGUCAAAAUCAUGUGUUCAAGUCCUUGAGCUAUGUGUCAAAUGCAACAACCACAUGACGGAUGGUAACUUCUACCCGGCACUGAAGACUGUGGACUUGAUCGAAAAGAAUUACCUGAAGAACAUCCCUGUGAGAUCGCUGAAACUAGCAGUGGAGAAGACAAUCCCAGUCAUCAAAACACACAUCGAGAAGAAGGUCACCAGUCAGUUCAAUGAGUGGCUUGUUCAUGUAAGGAGUUCAGCAAAGACCAUUGGCCAGACAGCGAUAAGCCACUCAGCAUCAGCUCGCCAGAGGGAUGAAGAAAUGCUGGAACGGCAAAGGAGAGCCGAGGAGCAGAAUGUUUCCGGUUUAGGAGACUUUGCAUUCACUCUAGAAAUUGAGGAAAUCGAUGAAGAUUCAGUAUUACAGUUCGAUCUCACUCCUCUUUAUCGAGCUCAUCACAUCCAUGCUUGCCUUGGGAUUCGUGAUCAGUUCCGUGACUACUACUAUAAAAAUCGGGUCCUGCAGCUGAACUCAGACUUGCAAAUCUCAUAUGGUCAACCGUUCAUUGAAUCAUACCAGACCUACUUGGCUCAAAUUGCUGGCUACUUCAUUGUUGAGGAUCGCGUAUUAAGGACUGCUAGUGGUGUUCUUUCUUCAGAUCAAGUCGAGACAAUGUGGGAAACAACUCUCAAUAAAGUGACAUCUUUGUUAGAUGAUCAGUUCAACCGCACAGAUUCGGCUACUCAUCUCUUACUAGUGAAGGACUAUGUCACACUUCUUUCUGAAACACUUCGGCAAUAUGGUUACGACACAAGCCAACUCUUGGAGGCUCUGGACAAAGGCCGAGAGAAGUACCACGACUUUCUGUUGAGGGAAUGUAGAGAGCAGAUUGUUGGUGCCCUUGGAAAUGACACGUACGAGCAAAUGGUGAUAAAGAAAGACACAGAUUAUGAGAAUAAUGUCCUUGUGUUUCAGCUCCAGACGUCGGAGAUCAUGCCUGCUUUCCCGUAUGUAGCACCGUUCUCGUCCAUGGUGCCUGACACUUGUCGCAUUGUGAGGUCAUUCAUCAAGGGCUCAGUAGAUUACUUGUCAUAUGGUCUCCAUACAAACAUCUAUGAUCUUGUGAGGAAGUAUUUGGACAAGAUACUAAUCGAUAUUCUGAAUGAGGUUGUGCUUAGCACGAUUAACAGCAGCACCAUCGGAGUAUCCCAAGCCAUGCAGAUUGCAGCAAACAUAUCGGUUCUCGAACGUGCAUGCGAUUUCUUCCUACGGCAUGCUGCCCAGCUAUGUGGAAUCCCUGCUCGGUCAGUCGAGAGGGCUCAAGCUAGUUUGACUGCUAAAGUGAUCCUGAAAACUUCAAGGGAUGCUGCUUACUUGGCGCUUUUGACUUUGGUGGACACCAAGUUGGAGGAGUUCAUGGCUCUUACUGAUAAUGUUCAGUGGACAACCGAGGAGACGCCUCAGAAUGGGAAUGAGUACAUAAACGAGGUGGUGAUCUACCUCGACACACUUUUAUCGACUGCUCAACAGAUUCUGCCUCUGGAUGCUUUGUAUAAAGUUGGCUGUGGUGCUUUGGAGCAUAUUUCGAACUCCAUCGUUGGAGCUUUUCUAAGUGAUACUGUGAAGAGGUUCAACGCCAAUGCAGUGCUCUCCUUAAACUAUGAUUUGAAGAUGUUGGAGAAUUUUGCUGAUGAGAGGUUUCACAGUACUGGGCUGAGUGAAAUAUACAAGGGAGCGAGUUUCAGGUCGUGUUUGGUGGAAGCAAGGCAGCUGAUCAAUCUUCUGUCGAGCAGCCAGCCGGAGAACUUCAUGAACCCUGUGAUCCGGGAGAGGAACUACAACACUUUGGAUUAUAAGAAGGUGGCUACCAUUUGUGAGAAGUUUAAGGAUUCGGCUGACUCAAUCUUCGGUAGUCUUUCUAACAGGAAUGCGAAGCAGAGUGCCAAGAAGAGAUCGAUGGAGGUGCUGAAGAAGAGAUUGAAGGACUUCAAUUGAUGAGGUCUCAACAACUUCUACUGGACUUUCUUUUGUUUGCUUGUUAGGUUUUGUUUGUUCAUCUUUUUUGCUUCGCUCUCAGAGCUUCAUGGUUAGAAAUGAAGUAACUUUUUGUCAUUUCGGUUUUGGUUCUCUGUCCAUCAGUUCUUGUGCUUAAUUAGUCUGUUAAUAAAGCUUACUUAUUAUU